GCCGGCAUUUUUGCGCACCUGGGCACCAGCAAUGCAGCACACCUGAACUUCAAUCCUUUCUAUUUGUACUGCUGGGAUGAGCUGCUAGCUGUCACCAAUAUGUCGGUCAUUCUUUGCACAGCUGGUUACGACCACACCAUCAGGUUCUGGGAGGCUCUCUCUGGAAUCUGCUCCCGAACCAUUCAACAUCCCGAUUCCCAGGUCAAUCGCCUGUGUAUCUCUCCCGACAAGCGCCACCUCGCAGCUGCUGGCCAUCACACCGUAAAGCUAUUCGACAUCCGCUCCACGAACCCCGCGCCAAUCUCGGUAUUCGAGGGCCAUACGGGCAACAUCACCGGCGUUGCGUUCCAUUGCGAUGGGAAGUGGAUGGUCACCAGCUCCGAGGAUGGCACCGUCAAGAUCUGGGAUACGCGCACCGGCGUGAUUCAGCGGAGCUACAACCACGGAUCCCCUGUCAAUGACGUUGUCAUUCACCCAAAUCAAGGCGAGAUUAUUAGUUGCGACAGAGGCGGCAGCAUUCGGCUCUGGGACUUGGCGGAGAAUACUUGUGCCCACCAGCUCAUCCCCGAAGAAGACGUCUCUGUCUCCAGCGUGACAGUCGCAACUGACGGCACUCUCCUCUGUGCCGCCAACAAUGCGGGCAAUGUCUACGUCUGGCAGCUCAUCCAGGCUUUCGAACGCACCCAGCUGGUCCCCAUGACUCACUUCUCAGCGCACAAGGAAUACAUCACUCGCAUUCUCCUCUCGCCCGACGUCAAGAAGCUGGCCACCUGCAGCGCCGACCACACCGCAAAGAUUUGGGAGGUCAAGGAGAUGGAGCCGGCCGGUCCCAAUGCCGAGCCGCGCGCCUUCCCGCUCGAGGCCACUCUGACUGGCCACCAGCGCUGGGUGUGGGACUGCGCUUUCAGCGCCGACAGCGCCUACCUUGUGACGGCCUGCAGCGACCACUACGCGCGCCUGUGGGAGCUGCACACGCAACAGGUCAUCCGCCAGUACAACGGCCAUCACCGUGGCGCCGUUUGUGUCGCUCUCAACGACUACUCCGAGACCCGCUAG